UCCAUUCUUAGACAAAAUAUACUUCAAAGUAUUUAUUCCAUAUUCACUUGUACUGUCAAAACAAAUUUUGCGUGCUCUAUUGAACAGUGUUCUGAUUAAGUUCUUUUUAUGUUGGACUGGAACAAAACUCUUAACAUGUAUGUACUGUACUGUCCUGUCCAUGAAUAAAUACAAAUCUUUCCAUUGUGAUGUCAUUGCUUUUCAUUAGAGAAACAUCUAGGAAUUUAAUGGUAUCAUUUUCCUCGUGUUCUAUUGUGGAGUUAAGAUUCGGAUGGCAUGAGUUGAAUUUUAUCGAUAAGUUUUCGGCUUUUGAUUUGCUUUCACAGACAAUAAAAAUGUCAUCAACAUAUCUUAAGUAUAAUUUCGUUUGUUGUAUAUGCUGUUGCAAAAUACCGGGUUCUGGGUCUGACAAGAAUAAAUCUGCAAAAAGUGGCCCCAGGUGGUUUCCCAUUGCAGCACCAUUAAAUUGACAGAAUAGACACCCAUAGAAUUGGAAUUUGGCAUUUUUAGUACAUAUCAUAGCAGUGAUUUCCUCAGUUCCGAUGUUGAAAUGAGUAUGUUAACUUCUUUACAUACAAAGUCAAUAGUCUCAAUGACUGAAACAUUUGUGAAUAGGGAAGUGACACUGAAAGAGACUACAUGUUCACCGGUUACAUUAAG